AUGAUGGCGCAGGAUAGACGUAUUAAAGUCAAACGCGAGUAUCGCACCAAAGACUUUUGCUAUGAUAGGUACACACACACUCACGGUGGUAUUGAAAACGAGAGUAAAAAAAAUGGCUCCGGGUUCCGCUUGGGCAACAUACACUACGGCGGCGUUAACAGCAAAGGUGAGGGCAGUGAACAGGGUGGUGACAGUACGUGCAUCAAGUUGAACGGGACGAACAGCAAUGGAAACAAGUGCAUUUCAGCCUCCGAUGUCAACAACGCCGACAACAAACACAAAGCUUCCCCCGAGGUCGUCGUGUUCUACUACAAAGGCGACAAAAACCACGAGCACCCCCUGCUUGUCGCUCUCAAGCCGCCUGAGCAGGGAACGGGCGGGAAGCACAAACCCUAUUUUGAGCUCACGAAGAAGUUCGACCCGGGCCAGCAGAAAAAGUACACAAAAAACAAGAACGGCAACGGAAUAGACCUCGGUAACACCAGCCCCGACGGCGAGCUGGCCCAAAAGCUCGAUACUAUACUAUACACGAUUAGCAAGAAACUGCAAAUCGUGUUGAACAGGGGCCACUACCAAAAUUAUAUUAUACCACCCUCGAACACACCACAAAGGCGGGUGAUCAUGGAUUUAAGUACCAAAAAUUUUGUGCUUCUAAUCGAUCUCUCCAGAAGCCUAGAAUCCGAUCCCGCGAAACCCGAACUUCAAUCGACGCUCCAUCACGUACUCACCAAGACUAGCUACCGGGCCCAGUUAUACGAACCCAAGGGCCAGGUCUGCUUAGAACCCCGAUUCGGAACCACCGACGUUACUGUAUAUGAGGUGUAA